UAUUUUAAGGAUAUGUGAGGGCGAGGAAGUACUUCAAUAAAUUCAUUAGUACUAAAUAGGAAUAAAAUGCUCCAUGUUCUAUUAUGUUUACCCUUUAACUUUGUAGAAAACCAGGUGGGUUAGUGUUAUGAUGAUUUGUCAUUCAUGAUCAGGUUGCAGAAUGUAAUUGUUUACAAAAAAUGUAUCAUGGAUUUUCUAUUACUGUAGUAUGAAAGCAAUGCCCGCUUUGUGAGAUGGUCUGAUGGCAGCCUACAGCUUUUAAUUGGGAAUGAAGUUCUUGACAUAUCAGUGCAAGAUGCACAGCAUGAUCAAGCACAUCUUUUCCUUAGACACGGAAAGGGAAUCCUUCAAUCACAAGGAAGGUUAUUGAGGAAAAUGAGGUUUAUGCCAUCUUCCUUGUCUUCAAAUUCUCAUCGGCUGUUGACUGCCCUUGUUGACUCAAGGCAUAAGAAGGUUUACAAGGUUAAAAACUGCAUUACUGACAUUGAUCCUGAGAGGGAAAAAGAGGAAAAAGAGAAGGCUGAAAGUCAAAAUAUUAGGGCUAAUGUGCUUCUUAACCGAAAGCGUGAGAAGGUGAGCCGGAAGUAUACUCCAGCUGUGGAUAGGAGGCGGCAACUUUCUCCUGGGUUUUUAGAGGAUGCAUUGGAUGAGGAGGACGAAGCAGAGUACUAUGAUUCAAGUCGCUCUCAGCGCCGCUUUGAGGAUGAUUUGGAAGUGGAAGCCCGAGCAGAGAAACGAAUUAUGAAUGCUAAAAAGUCACAGGGACCUAGAGACAUCCCUCGCAAGUCUUUUUUCCCACCUGCUAAGUCCUCUCGAAAUCCAGUCGGUUACCAGGAUGAUGAGAGAGAGGAGUCUGAGUAUGAAACCGAGGAAGAGGAAAAUGAGAGGCCACCUCCACGCAAGAGGGAUGAGGAUACUGAACCAGAGUAUGAGGACGAUGAAGAAGAGGAAGAUCACUAUGAAGAGGCAGAACAAGUUAAUGAUGCGUCAGAUGAGGAGGAACCAAAGCAAAAGAGUAAGGAGUUUAGAGGCAGUGCCAAGAGGAAGGGAUUUGAAUCAGAUGAAGAGUCUCCUCCAAAGAAAACAACCACCCAUCGACGGAUGGCAGUUGUGUAUGAUAGUGAUGAGGAAUAAUGAACUUCCUUAUGCCAGAUUUUCACGUGCCCUUCCAGCGAAGGGUGUGCGUAAGACUGCAGCUUAGAGAGGCUGAGAUGACUCAAUAUUUUUCCUUAAAUAGCUGUAAAUUUAAUAUUUCAUCCUUGUAUACAUAAACAGAGCCUGAUAUAUUG